AUGGCGUUUGUCGCAAGUCGGUUCGCACCCGGACAGAGAUCCAUACGUGUUCAGCUUGUUCCGCAAAUUUUGAAUACUCUCCGCUUACGGCAUGGGAUUUCCCGCCGGUCAGAAGACGACAAAUGGAUGUUUCUCCAGGCCCUGGGUAUUCUAUACGCAUGGGCCUCCCCUCUACCUCUGGAAAGGAUUUCUGAUGAUGAUGCAAUAAAUGCCCAACUUAGUCAUACUGACCUAAAAGCUCUAGUCGAAUCGACUGCAUUGACGCUCUCAUUGCAUAGAUCCGCCGAUGAUGUUGCAGAGCUUGUGUGGAAUGAGAAGGAAAUUCGAGAUUCAUUGGCUCUACGCAAAUAUCUAUUCUGGCUCUGGCUGUAUACGUUGGCACACCGAUAUUCACUCCUGACAAGCACGCCUCCAACAAUUCCAGAAGAUACAACGAUCAAAUUGGCACCAGACCUUCUCAAGAAUCUUAUCGACGAUCACUAUGUGGGUAGAAUUAUGUCCGAGAUCGACUUGUCUUUGCUCUGGAGGCAAGCAGGUCUUCAUCAACACGGGCUUGGAGAAUGGUGGUGCUUGCUGAGCCCCAAUGAUAUCAACAUCCCAUCUGCUCUCGCUGUUAUUGGGGAUCUCACCAAGGCGUUGGACAUAUGGAGCGAGCGAUGGUGCCCAGCAGGUGGCUUAAAUAUGGAUAUCCGAUUCAUGUUCAUCACAUUUAAUUAUCGGUUUUCUAGAUUCUGCAUCAGCACAUACUUUGUACGUAUAUUGCGCUCAAUUUCCGCGGAGAAGAUGCCAUACUCCACGCAGCUCAACUAUGUCCUUGAGUCUGUCCGCGCGGCAGUUACUUUUUGUGGGUACAUCUUGGAACUUCCACCGCUUACCAUCGAUUAUGGACGAUAUCUUGCGGAUACUGCGUUCGUCAAAAUUGCUUACGCAUGUGAAUUUGUUCUUCGAGGCUGUGAAAUCCUUCACACCAACCCAGACUAUGACGAUCUCAGGAGUUCUUUAAAUACUGUGAAGGAUGUCGCUCUCUUGAUGCACCAAUUGGCCGUCGAUGAAGUCCAUUGUGCCAAAUUUUACGGGCAAGCUUUGCUUGAAAAGGUGCACGAUUUUGAAAAACGACUGCAAAGCGGCCCGGUUGCUUGGGAACGUUCCCCUGCCUCAACCCAAGAUACUUCCUAUCAGCCUGCACAAGAUUUACACUCUCCGGAAUCCCGUUCGGGAGGUCUCUUUUCUGAUCUUAUCAAGGAGUUCGCUGCAGAGGCUGCUUUCAUUGAUCCGUUUCUCCUCCAGUAA